AUGGCGCUCGGUAGGGCGUCCCGUGCAGGGUCCCUUGCAGCAGCCGCCCGGCAGCUCGCACACCAUGCUGACCAUGGCGUCCUCUCCGCUCGAACGAAGGCGGCAGAGGGGUCCACAAGGAUUGCAGAAUACGUUCGCUCGUUGACGUGCCGAGCGAGCAGCGAGGAGGGGCAAGUGGAAGGUCCGGGGGGGAACUACAUGACUCUGGCAGAGCGUGUGCGGUGCGAGACGGAGGUCAAGAGGAGCCGCUUCAUUGCCUGGGGGGCGCCCGUUGGAAGCGAGGCCGAGGCGCUCACAUUCCUGGACGAGGUGAAGGACCCGAGCGCGAGUCACAACUGCUGGGCAUUCAAGCUGGGCGAACGGUACCGGUUCAGCGACGAUGGAGAGCCGGGCGGGACAGCGGGCCGGCCGAUGUACGCGGCAAUUGAGGGGUCGGGGCUUGACGCCAUUAUGGUGGUUGUAACCAGAUUCUUUGGCGGUACGAAGCUGGGUAGCGGGGGCCUGGUCCGCGCGUACGGCGGCGCCGUAACCGCCUGCCUCCGAGACGCGCCGACCCGGGAGGUCCGAGCCAAGGUUUCGGUCGAAGUGUUAGUGCCCUACGAGCUUCUGGGCAUCCUCUAUUCACUGUUGGAAGCUCAUGGUGCCGACAAAAUCUCGGAAGAGUUCGGAAGCGGGGACGUUGGGGGCGUCAAGAUGGCCCUUAGAGUCGAACCGGGCAGAGUAGAAAAGCUAACGUCAGACUUGAAGGAUGCCAGCGCCGGCCAGGUUGUCGUGCAAAGACCUCCCUAACCUUUCAUGUUUGGCAUGAUUAAGAUCGAUAUAAUCUUUCAUCCAAAUGGAUGACAUAUCUAGCU